AUGCACCUCAAACGAAAUGACCCUAAACCACUGAUUGAUCCUAAUCGCUUAACUCUCAUUGGAUUCAGAUUUUGCCCUUAUGUUGAUCGCGUCAGACUAAUACUGAGUUACUACAAGAUUGAUUAUGAUCUUAUAAAUAUUUCAUUGGCUUCAAAACCUGAAUGGUUUUUAGAAAUGUAUCCAACUGGCAAAGUUCCUUUAUUAUUAUUACCAAAUGAACAAAAAUUACCAGAAUCCGAUGUGAUUAUACGUCAUCUAGAUCAAUUAUAUGGUUCUAAUACUUUAUUAUCACAUUGUGGUAUUGAAGAAUUUGAAAAAGCUAAAGAACUUAUUACUGAUAUAUCGAGACCAAGUUAUAUGAUUAUGUGUGUGCCUGAAAUGAAUCUAUGUGAUGUAUCACUGUAUCGAGCAGCAUGCAAAAAGAUAAAUGACGCUAUCAAAGGUCCAUAUUUUACUGGUCCUGAAUUAAGUCUAGCCGAUCUGAUCUUGUUCCCACAUUUGCAUCGAUUCGAAGUAAUUAUGGGUCGAAUAACUGGUAAGAAACCAGAAGAAAUCAAUGAAUUAGAUGAUAAUGAUGAAUUACGUAAAGAAUUUUCAAAAUUAACUGAAUUUUUAGAUACAAUGCGAAAACAAUCAUUUGUUACUGAUAUUAUUGAUCCAUAUCGUAUUUAUGUUCAAUAUGCGGCUUCAGUGCUUUCAGGUCAUGCUAAUCCAGACAUAGAAUAG